AUGUUUUACGCGGCGGUCACGUUUCUCACGAUUUUGCUGCUGAAACCCAGCCAUGGGAACCUGGAAGGCCCGUUCCUGUUCUUCGGUCCCAAAUCCCUCGAGCAUUACAAGCGCACGGCGCUGAAGUACCUCGACCAAGACGACCUGACGAAGGUGUACGAGGAACAGGCGGCCAUCGUGGUGUUCAACAAUCAGGACUCGGUACCCUUGUCCAGCGGAUACUUCCCGAGGCUGCGGAAGAUGCUGGAGGGCCAAACUACACUAGUGUUGCCGCAGGACUUUCUAGACGUGCACCCCGAUUACGUCAGCAACGAGACGCAGGUUUUCACGCUACAAGGGCCUUGGUCGGAACGAGAUGCGCAAAUGACAGAGACUUUCGCCAGGCUUCAAGACAUUUACGGCCAUGGGAGAGUUUUAGGAGUUUUGGGAAAUUCGGUGUCGCAAAGCCAGCAAGCGGACUAUGGGGAUGGCGAGUGGAGCCGGGUAAAGCGCGAGGCGAGCGAGCAGAGCACCUCCGCGCCCUCUGCACCGCCAACCCCGGCAGACGAGGAGAAACCGACGAAGGCGCUGCCCAAGUACGCGCUCUACAAUGCCACUGGUCCACCCGGCAAAGCCGCCCUGCUGUACUCUUCUGGGUGGCCAGAGCUGCAAUGGCCGGAUGGUACUGUCACCGUCCUGGACACACCAGUUGGCGAACCUACCAUCAAACCGACUAGGCUCUACACAAUACUAGUCGUUCGCUUUGCUGAUGGCGACAAUACCCGCGAUAAGAUCACGCUGGAGUUCAGCUUCAAGCAGUCCGUGGGGUGGUGGGUGGCGGCGGGGGUGGAGGUGAGGAGGGGCCGCGGCGCGGGGCUGGGUCUGCUGCCCCCCGCGCCGCCCGAGGCCCCCGCUGCCGUAUUGGGGCACGCUUACCGCUGCUCGCAGCCACUCGUCUACGCAGCAGAAAACGCAACCCUCACAUUCCCAAACAUACUGAUGCAGCCUUUCAUGGAGAACACGCAGAAGUUCGCUGACGCCUUCAACUGCAUAGGGUUCACCACUGUUCCUAUCUGGUCGGGACUGAUGGUGUCGUUCAUCAUAGCAAUGGGGCUUGCGGUGUCGAUCUCCAUGAUCAUGGACAUCAGGAGCAUGGACCGUUUCGAGACCAGCCGAGGCAAGCAGUUGACCAUCACCGUCAGCGAG